UGUUUCACCCUGUCGUUUGCAAAAUAAAAAAGAAGAAUUUUAUAACCUUUUCUUAUUUUCCCACGUCUAAAAUCCGUUGAAAAUUUGUUCAUAGUUCAAAAUUUUCUAAAGGAAUAGAUCCUGACUGCGCUAAUAGACCUGAUAUUACUUUUUACUUCAUUAAACUUUAUAUUAAAGUAUCAAAAUGUUUUGGGGUCUUAUUAUGGAACCGCAAAGGCGGUACUUACAUGUUGUUAAGAAAGCAUUCCACAUUUCAAUGGCAUCACUAGACGUAGGCACAUCAUCAGACGAACCAGCCCAAGUUAUGUGCAGUUUUGAAGGAAGAAACUACCUUUUGUGUACUCUUAGUAAAACAGUGUUGCAAUGUCCUUUGGAUUUAAAUUUUGAGGUCGGAGAUGAAAUAGCAUUAACCACAAAUGGAAAGUGUCACAUACAUCUAACAGGUUAUUUCGUUGAAGAAGCACAAGAUUUCUUAGGAGAAGAGGAAGAAGAGGAGGAAAUUGAAGAAGAAGUUGAGGAGAAAGAAGUCAAGAAGAAGAAUAAAAAACGGAACAAACAAGAACUAAAUGGGCCUUCUCCGAAGAAGGUAAAAAAAGAACAGAAACAAGAAGAAUCAGAAGAUGAUGAUGAUAGCGAAAUGGACGUUACUGAUCUCCUUGAAAAUACCUUGGAUAGUGAUGAUGAUGAUGAAUCAUUCAAUGGAGAAGAAAAUGCAGAGGAAGAAGAAAGUGGUGAUGGUGGUGAAGAAGAAGAUGAUGAUGAGGAUGAAUCUGGCGAUGAGCAGGAACAAGAAUCAGAGUCUGAUGAUGAGAGUGAGGAAGAAGUAGUAGAAAACAAGAAAAAAGCGCAACUGAAUGGCCAUGUUAAAAAACAAGAACAACAAACACCAAAACAGAAAGAUAAGAAAAACAAAAAACAGCAACAAAAUAAAGAAGAAAAAAGUUCACCAACUAAAGAAAACCAGUCCCCCAAAAAAGAUUCACCAAAGAAAGUUGUUCAAGGUGGAAUGAUUAUUGAGGAUUUAAAGGAAGGACAAGGUCAACCAGCUAAAAAUGGCAGAUUUGUUCAUGUAUACUAUGAAGGAAGACUGAAGAACAAUAACAAGAUGUUUGAUUCACAUAAGCAAGGCCAAGGUUUUGCUUUUAAACUAGGUUCUGGUGAAGUAAUAAAAGGAUGGGAUGUGGGACUAGUGGGAAUGAAAGUUGGAGGAAAGAGGCGAAUUACUUGUCCUCCCCAGAUGGCAUACGGUGUUAAAGGAUCCCCUCCAGCCAUUCCAGGAAAUUCGACACUUGUUUUUGAAGUGGAAUUAAAGAAAAUUCGUUGAUUUGCAUAAUGCAUGCAUACUUCUGUUUUUUAUACAAUACUUGUUUAAUAUAAGAAACCAGUUAAACGGAACUUUUUUCCAAUUUUGCAGAGCGGGUCUAAAAUCGAAUGAAAUUAUUUUCAUGUUUGUUAAUUGGUAUUUUGUACAUUUUGAUUAUCCGGAAUCCGAAUUUUACGAGAAAAGAACAGGUUUCUUUUGGCACGUUAAUAAACUUUGUUAUUAUUCCACUCAAGUUUGUUUACUCUUUUUAACGGUUAUUCCUAGUGUGUAUCUUUUCUUGUUUAGUUUAUUUAGUUAACAGACAUAAAUAUUGAGGAUACACGAUAUGAAAAGUACAGAAGUACAAAAAUGUGUUCGAAAGAUACACAGAAGGAUAAAAUAUUUUUAUAUCAUUGGUUUUAUAACAAAGUUUAGCAUUGUAUGGAUUAAUCACAGAUGCUUAAAAGUGUAGGUACUACAGUUCGCCAAAAUAUAUUCAAAAAUUAUGUUUGAAAUAAUUUGAUAACAAAUAAUCUAUAAAAAUUAUGAUCUUACUACUUGAUAAUUAGUUCACAAACGAUAAAAAUGUUCCAAUUACGGAUAUCGACGCCGUAAUUAGAGCAGAUGAGGUCAAGCACUUAUCUUAAUAAGUAUAAUAUUUUCCAUUCUUACAAUGUUACUAUUGUAACAUACAACUAAUUUUUGUAUUGAAUAUUUUUCAUUACUUGUAUAAUUAUUUGGCAAGUUUUGAUUUAGGUCCAAUUUGUGAAGUUAAAAUUAAUAAUUUACAAUAUAUUAUUUAUUUAAAAGACUUUUGUAUUUUUUUAAUAUUUUAAUUGUCCGUAAGAAGUAUUUCUUACGCUAUAAAAAUUACAUAUAUCUCAAAAGUGUAUCUCAAAAAGGUUUCUUUUGGCACAUUAUGAAACUUUGUUAUUAUUCCACUAAAUUUUGUUUAUUCUUACGGUAAUUCCUAGUGUGUAUCUUUCUUAUUUAGUUAUGACGCAUCUAUUUUUAAAAUCGUUAAGGUUAAUCGAUUUCCAGUGUAUUUCCUCGAUAUUAAUAUUGCCAUUUUUUCAAUAAAUGUAUUUUUUAAUA